AGAGUGAAAGCGCGAACACUGAGUACGAGCGAGGUUGUUUUACGUUUGUAUGUUGUAUGAAUCGUGUUGUAAUUGUGUCGUAUCUCAGUAACUGCUCCGAACAGAAAGACCUGGUGGAUCUAUUCAUGUAAAACAAAAUAAUAUUAGUGAGUUUGACGCAACGUGAAAUCAUGUACCGGGAAUUUGUCAUUGUGUCCCUCUGUGCCAUUGGAGUAUUCUCUGCUGAAUUUGAGGAUGCCUUCAGAAGCUGCUAUCCAGACGUUAGUGGAUUUGAUUCCUGCAUCAGGGAGGGCCUCAAUGCCGCCAGGCCGUAUUUCAAAACAGGUUUACCAAAAUACAGCAUUGCUCCGUUCGAUCCAUUUUUUGUUAAGGAAGUCACCGUCAAAAGAGGACUAACGAAUUUUGGAUUCAGUUUGACGCUAAGGAAUAUCACCGAGAGCGGUUGGACUGCUAGCAAAGUCACGAAAUUCGUCAGCGAUUUGGCUAAUUACAAAGUUGUUUACACUCAAAGUUUCCCAGCAAAAUUUCUGAAUGGCAAUUAUGAAUUCAGGGGAAAUAUUAUGGGCCCCAGGAUGGUGAACAAUGGAAGAUUCACAUUAGAUUUAUAUGAUCUCGUCCAAACCACGACAGUCACCAAGGAACCGGGCUCGAAGAUAGCUGUACGUGUAGAAGUCCAAACCAUUCGCGAUCUAAAACUUCACAUCACGAACCUAGUCCAAGGCCGUUCUUUUAUCGAAACCAUCGUAGAUAGAAUAAUCAACAGUGCUUGGCAACCAGGUUUUGUCGUGACCCGUGGUAUCAUUAAUGAUCUGGUGUCUAACGCAUUCACAGAAAUCUUCGGAAAGGCUUUUUCAGAUUUUCCAUUUGACAAAAUCAUUAGGAAGAAAUCUGUCAAGAUUUCUUAAACAAUUCACUAAUAAAGUGUCAAGAAGAUACAAAUAUUUUCCUACAUUAUUCAAUUGUUUAUAAAUAUUUUCUUUCUAUGAAACAGAUAGAGACGAAACCUGUCAUCAGGAAACUUUUACGGUGGAUUUCAGUGAUUACAAGAACUGCCUAUUGGCAUUUACGAUUAAUUUUUCAGUUUGAGACUUACGAAUUAAUUUGUCUAAAAAAAUCAUAAUUUUUCUUGGUAUUCAUUUCAAUUUGCCAUUGGCGGUUUUCUCCUUGUAAAUAUGAGUAAAAUAUAUUUGUAAUGAAUUUUUUUAAUCUUUUGUAGAUAAUCAAUGACUUCUUGAUGUUCUCCUAAUUCACGCAGCGCUUCAUAUAUUGCAAGUUUGGUGGAUUUAAAGUAACGCAUAAAGAUAAUUACAAAACAGGGAAGAAAAGAAGGGCGAAUGUUUAAAUCGUUAGCUGUUUACCUUGAGACAUUCUCGGGAUACUGUACGGUCUCUGACCCCACAUUCUUUUAUUCCGCUAUAGGCACUGGAAACUGCGAAUCUAACGCUAACCUCGCUUGGUUCGGUUAGAUCGCACUUUUCGGACCCUAUAGGAAUAAAACAUCAUGUGCCUCAUGAAAAUAAACUAUUUUCUGACGAAAUGUGAUUAUAACGCUCGCCCUGAAAAUACUUUUCUCCCUAGAGGCACAAUAUAUUAUCAUCACACUAUAGCCGUAGCUCCACGUCCAUCCAGUCGAAUUCGACAGGUUUGAUCCCCCGAUGAAACUCCAUUCUUUUAUAGAGAAAUAAAAAUUAAAAAUAGAACGAAUGAUACUGAUUUGUAUGAUACGUUGGACAGAAGUUAGAUCGGGCUGUGCACAGAGCAGGAACAAAAUUUAAUAUAUUGUAAUGCUAAUUAAAAAUAAAGUCAGUUGUGUGGACUGGUGACGUCAAUACAGCUGUCAUUUUGCAAAACAUGAUGAGAAGCAUAACCAUGAUCAUGUUGUUGUUGUUGUAAUGAAAAGAAUUACUUUGCCAAAUAAAUUUACGAACUAUAAGAGAAAACUCACAUUUAAAAUGUGAAAAUAUUAUAUAAAAUAUUCAUCUACAUUUGCUUGUGUUAAAUAGAUUUACU